CCGCAAUCGAGCACGGACCACCGGCCGCAUCUCGCAUCGCAAGUGGCCCGCGUCCCUCGGCUCGUUCGCCCGCCACCGGUUCCGUGCCCCGCGAGGCCGCAGCCCGACCCCUCCGCGGGCCCAGCGAUGCCGGCCGGCCAGCCGCACGCGCACGAGGCCGGCGGCGGCGGGGGCGGCGCCGCGAACCACUCCAACCACCACCCGGCGGCCCACUCGCCGCCGCCGCCCGCGCUCCCCGCGGAGGUGGUGCCGGCGUACCCGCCCCCCGAGUCGGAGGACGACGAGACCUGGGUCUGGACCCAGAUCAAGGCGGAGGCCCGCCGCGACGCGGACGCGGAGCCGGCGCUCGCCUCGUUCCUCUACGCCACCGUGUUGUCCCACCCGUCCCUGCCGCGCUCCCUCUCCUUCCACCUCGCCAACAAGCUCUGCUCCUCCACCCUCCUCUCCACGCUCCUCUACGACCUCUUCCUCGCCACGCUCGCUGCGCACCCCUCCCUCCGCGCCGCCGUCGUCGCCGACCUCCUCGCCGCACGGUCCCGCGACCCCGCCUGCGUCGGGUUCUCGCACUGCCUCCUCAACUACAAGGGGUUCCUCGCCAUCCAGGCCCACCGCGUCGCGCACGUGCUCUGGGCGCAGCAGCGACGCCCCCUCGCGCUCGCGCUCCAGUCCCGCGUCGCCGACGUCUUCGCCGUCGACAUCCACCCAGCCGCCGUCGUAGGGAAGGGCAUCCUCCUCGACCACGCCACCGGCGUCGUCAUCGGUGAGACGGCCGUCGUCGGCGACAACGUCUCGAUCCUCCAUCACGUCACCUUGGGCGGGACUGGGAAGGCGGUGGGCGACAGGCACCCCAAGAUUGGGGAUGGUGUGCUGAUUGGCGCAGGAGCCACGAUUCUUGGUAACGUGAAAAUUGGCUCCGGGGCUAAGAUUGGGGCAGGAUCCGUGGUGCUGAUAGAUGUGCCGGCAAGGAGCACAGCAGUGGGGAACCCUGCCAGGUUGAUCGGUGGGAAGAAGUCUGAGGGCGAGAAGGAUGAGGACAUGCCGGGGGAGUCCAUGGAUCACACAUCCUUCAUACGGCAAUGGUCGGACUACACCAUAUGAGAUCAAUUUUCCAAGGUCUAUUACUCUUCCUCUGUAUCAUUAGUAAUGGUGAUGUACCAAAUAGUGAUGUACUCCACUUUGUUGUGUGCUAUGGUUUUGUCUGCGAUGAACUGUACUGUAGAAGCAUAGAUUUGAUGAUCAGUCGUUUCGUCAGCUGAUUGUGCCAUGCUCAGAUACUGAUAAAUUGUGAUUGAUGAAUGAAUAAAGCUGUAUGUCUAUGGAGGAGUUGAUUGCGUUUU